GAUUUUAUUCUCCUUUCUGAAAUUGUUACCGAAGCAAAAUUCUCAAAACCCUAGCCAUCAGAGAUUCCGAGGAUUCAGAGAGGACGAGGGUUUAAGCAGUUGAGAUGGGGAAUCCGAAGCAGAAAUGGACGGCGGAGGAAGAAGAAGCGCUGCGUGCCGGUGUAGCAAAGCACGGCACCGGAAAGUGGAAGAAUAUCCAGAAGGAUCCCGAAUUCAACCACUUCCUCUACUCUCGCUCCAACAUUGAUCUCAAGGACAAAUGGAGAAAUAUGAGUGUUAGUGCCACUGGCCAAGGUCCUAGGGAAAAAUCACGGUCAUCAAAAGCAAAGGCCAACCCAGAUGCUCCUGCCACUCCAUUGCCCAAUGCACAGACUUCUGUGGCCACCACUCCAGUUGCAAAUGAUUCAUCAGCAGAUGUAAUCAUGGAGGAUUCGAAAUGCUUGUUAGAUGGGAAAACUGCAUCAAAGUAUAAUGUCAUGAUUUAUGACGCACUUUCAACCCUGAAGGACCCAAAUGGAUCAGAUACUACUGCUAUAGUUAGUUUUAUUGAGCAAAGGAAUGAGGUGCCCCAAAACUUCAGGAGGUUGUUGAGUUCUAGAUUAAGAAGGCUUGUUGCACAAGACAAACUUGAAAAGGUCCAAAACUGCUACAAGAUAAAGAAGGAUGUGUCACAUGGUGCGAAAACGGUAACAGCUACCCCAAAACCGAAAGACAUCCGACCGAGGCAGUCCCAAACGACCACUAGUUAUCUUGGAGAUACCGUGGAAGAAGCUGCAGUGGCCGCCGCUUAUAAAGUUGCUGAAGCAGAGAACAAGUCUUUUGUGGCGGCGGAAGCUGUCAAGGAGGCAGAGAGGGUUUCGAAGAUGGCCGAAGACGCAGAUUCGUAUCUACAGUUGGCAAAAGAGAUCUUUGAGAAAUGUUCACGCGGUGAAGUAGUGCUGAUGUGCUGAUGGCGCGCGGAACGGCUUCUUGCAACUGGAAGACCUGGCCUUGUAAAAUAUUUUGUUCUCUGUUGCUGCUGUAUUUUCCUUCCGAUGUGGUCAAAAGACUCGAAACUAACAAUUGUAGGCCGGUUAUUUGUUAAUAGUACCUUUAUAGAUGAAUUACCAAUCAGACCUGAUUCAACA